AGCUCCCUGAGUCUGUCAGGAGACGUUCCUCUUCCUCCAUUUCUUCUCUCCCACCUAUCAGACCACCUGGAUUGUACGAGAGGCCAGCUGAGGACGCGACGGAGGAGAGAAAAGGGACGCUCACCGUCGGGAGGGACCGCAGAUCAAAAAUUCACACUGAGGAUAACACUUCGUCUGAGCCGGCAGGCUGAAGGCACAGCCAGUGGCACUGCAGAGGCACAACAGCACAGUGGGCUAAAGCUUCGCUGCUAGAGGUAGAGGAACAUGCGAUCCCGCAGCAACAGUCUGGAGGACGUAACCAAGGCCAAGCCAAUGCAGCAGCAGCAGCAGGCGGAGGCACGCAAACGAUCAACAGAACGAGAAGAGCCCUCAGGAAGGGCCGAGCGCCGCAGCCGACACCGUGAGCCGCCGGACGACACCGGCACCAUUCAGCGGAAUCUCAAGAUGGACAAGAACAGCAACUGUGCCGGUGGGAGUGGCAGCACCACUGGUGCUGCAAAGGGCGGUCGGAGGGAGAAAGGCAGGGACCUUUCCCGAGAUGACCUCGUCUUUCUACUGAGCUUGCUGGAAGGAGAGCUGCAGGCCAGAGAUGAGGUGAUCACAGUGCUGAAGGCUGAGAAAAUCGACUUGGCCCUGCUGGAGGCCAAAUACGGCUUUGUCACACCACAAAAAGUUCUACAGGCCCUGCAGAGAGACGCCAUCCAGGGCAAGUCUGACGUCUUCCAGGAGGACAUUUAUGAGAAGCCAAUGGUAGAGCUGGAUAAGUUAGUGGAGAAGCAGAGGGAGACAUACCGGCGGAUGCUAGAGCAGCUGCUGAUGGUGGAACAGGCACAUAAACAGGCCCUGUACAAGCUGCAGGACGAGAAGAGGAACCACGGAGAGUUCAUGAAAAAGAGCGACGAGUUCACCAACCUGCUGGAGCAGGAGCGCGAGAGGUUGAAGCUGUUAAUUGAUCAGGAAAAGGCCUACCAAGAACGAAAAGACGAAGAGAACAAUAAAAAGGUUGCAAGCCUGAAGGAGGAGCUGACAAAACUCAAGUCAUUUGCGUUGAUGGUUGUAGAUGAACAGCAGCGUCUCACUGAGCAGCUGAAUCAACAAACAGCUAAGGUCCAAGAACUGAGUGCCAGUGCUUCACAAGCCCAGGAGGAGCUGAGCUCAGCUAAUGCCCGUCUGCAGGAAGAGGAGCAAAAGGUCUUUCGCUUGGAGUCUGAGCUGCGUGACCAGGCCUGUCGAUACCAUCAGGAACAAGAGACCAUGACCGCCAAACUGACCAGCGAGGAUGCCCAAAGCAGGCAGCUGCGCCAGAAACUGUCAACUCUCAGCAGGCAGCUUGACGAGCUGGAGGAGACCAACAAGACCUUGCGUAGAGCUGAGGAAGAACUGCAGGAGCUGAGGGACAAAAUUAGCCGUGGUGAGUGUGGAAACUCUAGCCUCAUGUCUGAGCUUGAAGAGUUACGGAAAAGGGUACUUGAAAUGGAGGGAAAGGAUGAAGAGUUGAUCAGAAUGGAGGACCACUGCAGGGACCUCAACAAGAAACUGGAGAAAGAGGCCAAUCAAAGCCGAAGCCUGAAGGCUGAAGUCGAUAAGCUGAACCACAGAAUUAUGGACUUAGAAAAAUUAGAGGAUGCAUUCAGCAAGAGCAAACAAGAAUGCAGCUCACUCAAAAGUAACCUGGAGAAGGAGAGGACAGUGUCAAAGGUUCUGACCAGUGAGCUGGAAGUCUUGAAAGUCAGGGUCAAGGAACUGGAGGCAGCUGAAACCCAACUGGGAAAGACAGAACUGGGAUUGAAGGAAGAUCUAACCAAGUUAAAGACUCUGACAGUCAUGCUGGUGGAUGAGAGGAAGGCAAUGGCAGAGAAGCUAAAGCAAAUGGAGAACAAGGUCCAGAACAGCACUGGCAAACUUCAGGCUGAGCAGGACAAAGUUACGUCUGUCACAGAGAAGCUAAUUGAGGAGAGCAAGAAAGCACUGAGGUCAAAGGCUGAGCUGGAGGAGAAAAUGUGCAGCGCUACAAAGGAAAGGGAUGACUUGAAGGCUAAGUUGAGGGAUGAGGAGGAAAAGAGCAAUGAUUUGGAGUCAAAGAUCAAUAUGAUGAAGAAAAGGCUGCAAUCUCUGGAGACCAUAGAAAGGGAACACCUGAGAAACAAAGCAAAAGAGGAGCACAUCAAAACACCUAUUGCUAACCGCUUCCAACAGGAGGACAACAAAGUAAAGGAUUUGACGCAGGAGGUUGAACGUCUCAGACGUAAAUUAAAGGACAUGAAGGUGGUAGAAAGUGAUUUAUUAAAAACAGAGGAGUUUGAAUCACUGGAGAAAAGAUUCACCAAUGAACAAGAAAAAGCUAAAGCCUUGAUGGAAGAGCUGGAAAUAUCCAGAAAAGAACUUUCAAAGUAUCAACUGGCUGAAAAGAAAGAGUGCAACCAAGAGCAUUUUCUUUAUAAGCGCUUGAAGGAAGAGGAGGCAAAGUCUAGUCAUUUGACCAGAGAGGUUGCAGCUCUGAAAGAGAAGAUUCAUGAAUACAUGGGAACAGAAGAAUCCAUUUGCCGCGUGAAAACUGACCACUCUACACUGCAAAGAAAACUGACCCAGCAGGAGGUCAGAAACAAGGAACUUGGCAGAGAAAUGGAGACACUCACUCGAGAGCUUGAAAGAUACAGACGAUUUAGCAAAAGUCUUCGCCCUGGCAUGAAUGGAAGACGCUUUUCAGACCUUCAUGUUUCCACAAAGGAAGUUCAGACAGAGCCUCUUGACCUCAUGUCUCCAAACUGCAAGACAGUGGCACCACUGGAACGUGCUGUGGUGAAUGGCAAGCUGUAUGAUGAGAGUGAACCUGAAGAUAAUGCAAAUUACAGCAACGAGCUUCAGCUCAACAAAUGCAGCCCCUCACUUAUCAAUAAUGUAAAUAACCUAAACAACAACAUGAGAAGAGCACGAGUCCCGUUCCUUAAAAACAAAGACACCCCUCCUCAGGUGAAUGGCAAAGUGCAGUCACGGCAGAAUGGCAACCUCGUCCAGCCUGGAGAUGUUGUGUUGACUCACAGUCCUGGGCAGCCCCUGCACAUUAAAGUGACUCCUGACCACGGACACAACACAGCAAUGCUAGAGAUCACCAGCCCAACCACAGAAAACACCCAGUCAUUCACCAGCACUGCUGUCAUACCCACAAGUGGCGGUCCACCCAAACAGAGAAUUACCAUCAUCCAGAAUGCUUCCAUAUCUCCUACAGCAAAAUCCAUUUCCCCAACAACAAAAUCUAAAGGUUCCCCUAUGUCUGAUGAGCCAUGUUCGCCAGAUAGGGCCCUAUCACCUUUCACUAUGGCUACAUACUCAAGAGCAAUGACCCCAGACUCUUGUGGCUCUGUAACACCAGACAGAGCCAUAUCACCUAUACAGAUUGUGUCGGUCACAACUGGCACCCCUGACCGCUCCCUUUCCUCUGAGCCAGUGGAGGUUGUUGGAGGGCACGCCAUCUUCCGUGUGACCCCGGAAAGGCAGAGCAACUGGCAGGUCCAGAGGUCUAACAGCUCGGGACCAAACGUCAUCACCACAGAGGACAACAAAAUCCACAUCCACUUAGGCAGCCCCUUCAUUCAGAGCAUCAGCACUCCAUCACAAACUCUGAGUCCAUGCCACACGCCUGGACUCCAGGAGCAAAGGACUCAGGUGCUUGCAAAUUGCAGUACUCCUACUGUCAAAGGCAACAGCAAAAUCACAAGUAGCAUCAUGAUUAAGCCCACCUCCACCCCAAUCCAAAGGCCAUCACAAAUUACAGUAAGUAAUGCCUAUGACUGACCUGAUAACCCCCAAAACCCUCCAUCCCAUCCUUUGUUAGUGAAUCCCGCCCAUGAGAUCCAAUACAAGCUUAGACUCUCAUACCCCAACUCUAUACCCUGAUACAUUUACAUGUCUGUUUUACUUGAUUUAUGAGCUUAAACUGAGGUUUGAAUGUUUUCCUUUUAUAUUUUGGUUGGUUUGCUUGGUUUUGUGUGAUUAAGUUCAAACAACUGUUUGCUUGCAUGAGAAAACAAUACCAUUUGAAAGCACUAGCAAUUUUGCUUUAAUUUGACAUAACACCAGGUUUUAACUUAUGUGCACUUACUGUAUUGUACUCAAUGGCAAAUUUGCCAUAUAGUAAGACUAUUCACACUGAUGUAUCAUACCAGUUUUUAUACUUCAUAUUACACAUAGUGCAUUAUGGUAAAGUUGUUUGAUUUUCUGAAAAUUAAAGUGUGCAAAAAGAAGUGUUAUCUUUUAGUUUGUCAUCAUUGCUUACCAAUUUCAUUUAUUCACUAAAUUCAGCAUGUUUUGAUUGUGUAAGAUUAAAAAUAAUCUGAGGAAAAUGCAAUUAGAUUGAAAUCAGUUGUUUGAUUUUAAUUUUUUGGUGCAUGCACAGUAACUUUUUAACACUUUAAAUCCAAUGUGUUUGUGUUACAAAGUGUGUAGUCAAAAGCUUGCAAUUUACUUUCUCAGAUUUUAGCAUGAAAACUGUCAACACUUUGUUAGACCCAAUUAAAUAAUACCCAAGUGGAAGAGUUGUCUGAAAAA